AUGAUCAUCCUACUCGUAUCAGCUGGCCUUUUACUGUUCCUUGUUUCCAGGGUUUUGAGGUUUGGGAGUCGACGAACUGGCUUCCCUCCUGGACCGCCCACGGUACCUAUCCUUGGAAAUGCGCAUAUCUUUCCGAAGGAUCACGCGUUUCUCCAACUCUCGGAAUGGGCACGAACUUACGGAGGCGUGUAUUCGGUCAUGCUAGGAAACGGGCCCACUAUAGUCGUCACCAGCGCGAAAGCGGCUUUCGAACUCAUGGAGAAACAGAGCGCAGUCACCGUCGACCGUCCGCCAAGUCACAUUGGAGCUGAGAUCGUGGGGACCGCAGUGAACCUGGCAUUUGUUCCAUACUCUGAGGAUUGGCGUUUGAUGCGCAAGGCAGCCAACUCCAUUCUUACGCCGCAAAGUGCCGCAAAGCACGUUCCGAUACAGCGAGCGGAAUCUUUCCAGCUUGUGUAUGAUCUUCUUCAUACGCCGGAGCGAGCCUGGUGGCACCUCAGACGGACAUCCAACUCUGUUGCCUUGUCGAUUCUGUACGGGAGGCGUGCACCAAGAUACGAGUCGGAUGAUCUCUCGGUACUGUUUGACGUCGUCGACCUCGUAGGGGAAUUGCUAGAUCCCGGUGCUCACCCUCCCGUUGACAUGUUCCCCAUUCUCAAAUACGUCCCGGAGAGAUGGGCGCGAUGGAAGACCAUGGUCAAGCGCCUUCGCAGCAUGCAACGGGCUUUAUACUUCCGCCUUCUCCAACAGUCUGAGGACAGGGUGACGAACUCGGAAGCAUCCGAAGAUGAGCCGUUCAUCGAUAAAGUUGUGCGUAGGCAGGCGGACUACGGUCUCAACAGGGAGAGGACUGCAUAUCUCGGCGGUACUCUGGUUGAAGCGGGCAGUGAUACGAGCGCAUCGUUCAUGCAGUCCUUCGUACUUCUGAUCGCAGCUUUCCCGGAUGCUCAGAAGCGGUUGCACGAGGAGAUGGACCGUGUUGUGGGCUCGAAGCGUGUCCCUGAAUACGAUGAUUUCGAUAAUCUGCCGUAUCUGCAGGCAACAAUCAAAGAGGUCCAUCGCUACAGGCCGGUCGCCCCCCUCGGUUUGCCGCACGCUGCUUUGGAGGAUCUGACUUAUGAUGGAUAUUUGAUUCCUCGCGGUUCCGCGAUCAUCGUCAAUAUGUGGGGUAUCUACCACAACCCCGACGUCUACGACGACCCAGAGAUGUUCAAUCCUGAACGGUAUCUCAAGUCCGAAUUUGGCACCAAGCCGGACGUGGACCCCUCUUAUUUCAAGCACACGAUGCCCUUUGGAUUCGGUAGAAGAAUAUGUCCCGGGAGGCACCUCGUAGACAACACGAUUAGGGUCAACACCAUGGACCUGGUUUGGGGCUUCACCUUUGGUCCUCCCAUAAAUGAAGCGACCGGAAAGCCGGAGCCCCUUGACCUGUGGAGCUACAGCGAGGGCCUCGGUACUGGCCCGAAACCAUACAAAUGCACGAUCAAGCCUCGUUCUUCUCAGCACGCUGAUCUCAUUCGCAGCGAAUUCGAGUCUGCCAUACCUUUGUAUGGCCCAUACGAAGAGGGGCUCAGCAACGCAGAGAAGGAAUGGCUCGCUCAACAAAGGUUCUCUUAG